ACUUUCUGCUCCCAGAGGAGCUUCAGCUUCAUCCUGCAGAUCCAGCCGUCGGUUUCAGACGUUCGUUUCUUCUCUCAUCAUGGGAAGCGUCUCGUCCAGUGCUGCAAACCCAGAAUAUCAGGAGGGAAAACACACAGACAUGAACAGAAAAGAACCAAAACCAGGAGAUCUGAUUGAGAUCUUCCGGGUCGGAUACAAACACUGGGCCAUCUACAUCGGCAGUGGAUUCGUGGUUCACCUUGUGGUGAACGGUUUGGGCUCCAGCUCCAGCUGCUCCCUGCCUGCACCAGGAGAGAUGGGCGUUGUGAUGAAGGAGAAGCUGGAGGACGUGGUGGGUGGAGACAGGUGGAGAAUCAACAAUUAUCUGGAUAAAAAACACAAACCUCAGCAGAUUUACACCAUCGUGAAACAGGCUGUUGGGUUCAUUGGGACUCGGCUGCCGUACAACCUGGUGAGCAGCAACUGUGAGCAUUUUGCCACCGACCUGCGCUACGGGAAGUCAACGUCUCUGCAGGUGGUCAAAGCUGGAGCAGGUAUUGGCGGAACCGUGGCUGGACUGGUUCUGUUUACUGGAAGUUUACUGGGAAUCCUGCUGAACAGACGCUGACUGGGACUGAUGGGAAUAAACAUAUAAAAAUAUCCUAUUAAUACAUUUAUUAAUUGAUUUCUGCUAGUUGUAGAAAGUGUUGAUCAUGAUUGUAGAACAGAUCAUGAUCUGAAACUUUUAACAAGUAAAUUAAUCUUUGUUAAUAAUGAGGUUGAAAAUGACAGAGUUCAGGGAUGUAAAUCAUAUAAAUGUUGAAAUUUAUAACAGAUUAAAAAUGACUGUUGAAUCAUCAUCAGUGUAAAUAAAAUCUGAUAUUAAUUAGUGGAAAAUUAUUGAUUAUAAUUUUGCAGUUUGUUUUGGUAUGAAGCUAUAAAACUGUUAAUAAAAAACUUAUUAAAAU